AUGGAAAAUAAAAUUGAAGCGAUUGUUUCAUAUCAAGAAUGUGAAAAAGUCAUUAAAAAUUAUAGUGGUGAUCAAUCAAAAGUUGAAAAUUACCAAUUAACUCCUUUGGAUACCAAACUUGGUUUUUUGGGGGAAUAUUUUAAAUUAAAAAUUAAAUAUUCCGAUGAAAAAGGUCUAAAAGAAAAACAAUUUUUCGUUAAAACGCUUGCUUUGGCCGAAUCACAAAGAAGAUUUGUACUCGAUAACGGAGCCGCCACAAAAGAAGAAGGGUUUUAUUCAAAAUUACUCAAAUCGUGUCUCGAUAACGGAGUUAAAAUUAUUCAAGAUUGCGUCCCAAAAUGUUACUUUAUUCAAAGUUUGAAUAAAUUCAUCCUUGAAGAUUUAUCGUUGCAAAAUUACGAAGUUUUAGAUGCUCGGAAAAGUUUAAGUCUUCGACAAGUUGAGAUUGCCUUAAAAAAUCUUGCAAAAUUCCACGCUUCAAGCUACAUUUUAGAAGAAUCUUUAUCGAAAAAGACCGGAAAAACUUAUCGACUUUCAAAUGAAUUUUCUGAUUUUCUCAAUGAAGCGAUUUACACCGAAAAGGAUAUUACAAAAGAUUUCAUCAAAUCUAUGAAAACUGGGGUUGAAACUCACGUUGAUUUAUGCAAAAAUAUUUUAGGAGAUGAUUUCGACGACGAAAAUUUUAAGAAAAACAUUUACAAAAUCAGCGAUAAAUUUCCAAUUUACGUCAAACCAUCCGUUAAAUACCGAAACGUUGUGUGUCAUGGAGAUUUAUGGACCUCUAAUAUCAUGUUUAAACACGACGGCGAUAUCCCAGUUGGUUUUAAAAUGGUCGAUUUCCAAAUGUAUCGAUACAAUCCACCAACAACAGAUGUGAUAACAUUUUUAUAUUUUUCCACCAAUCGAAAAUUCCGGAAAGAUUACUUAAACUAUUGUUUUACGUUUUAUUAUGAUCGAUUACGGGAUGUGUUAAAAGAAUAUGGGUUGGAUGUUGAAACAAUUUUUUCAAAAGAAGAUUUUAAUGAAAGCAUUGAAUAUUAUAAAAAAUUUGCUAUCUGUCAAGCCAGCACAUACGGCCAUUUAACCAUGAUUGACCGUAAAUUGUUAUCGGAUAUAUUAUCUAAUUCGGAUUCUGUUGGUGAGAUAAUGUUGAAAACUCGAAGUGUUGUUAUGGAAAAAAUGUUUAAACAGGAUCCGGUUUAUAAAGAAAAACUUUAUGAGUUCUUUUUAGAUUUAGUUGAUGUUAUAUUAAAGUAA